CCACCCCCACUUUGCCAAGAAACCACAGGUCAGCUUCAGCAGCGGCUCCAGUGGAACAAGCACAGAUUUCACAGUCCCGCUCCUGCUGUAAGCUGAUAUGAACGGAGAGGCUGUGGGUCGGAGUGGCUGCCUGCGUUCAAAGGAGAUGAGGGGACAUCUCCGAUUCUAUAUGGGUUCAGGUCCUCGGCCUCCACAUGUGGCACAUAUGCAGGUGCUUUGCUUCUUUCGCACGAGUGUCAGCUUUCAGUGUUGCGGUUCUCUAUAAGUCGUUAAUGAGUUCAGCUUCAAGGUCAAAGGUAUUGUUGUACAUUCAGUGGAUGUGAGCACAGUCAGCCUUUAAAGUAAUAAAACUAAAUAAAACAUAAACUGUGCAAGCUUAUAAAAGAAUGGAUUAGAGAGAGAUAAACUCCACUAAAGAUAAUUGAUUCUAAUGGAACCUCUAACGCAGCUUGUGCUGUACAUCAUGUCGAUGUCUAUACUUGUCAGCAGCCACACAGCUGUUCUCCCACAGGAAACAUUUUAAGAUCCCGUGGGCUUAUUCAGCCUUUUCAGGGGCCAAUCACAGUGCGCCUCCACCAGAGAUGCGCCACGCAGUCUCUGCGCUCUGGUCUCAACUCCAGCUGGACAACUGUGGAGCCGCGACGCAGCCACACGCAAGUGCAACCGCCGCGCGACCCCCGCUCGGAGGGAGCGAAGUGUCCGUGCGUCCGUCGCGCUGGAGCCGAGCGGCGAUCAGGUGCGGGGGAACUUUUGCGGGAUUUACGCGCUGGAAAUCUGACGAGCGCGUGCGAGAGCCGACGAAUAAAUGGGGACAGCGAAAAUCGCGAGAACUUGAAUCGCUCCAAUUUUGAGGACGGUUCAGUUUCAAUAACUUUGUGCGCUAAAGCGUCGGAUCCGCCGGGGCGCAGCAGCAGCAGCGGCAGCGGGGGAGGAGGCUGGAUGUGGCACGAGACGGGUCACUGAGCUGCAGCGAGCCGCGCGCGAGUCCCCCAGUCCCCAACUCUCCAAUGUCACAGGACAGGAUGAUGAUCAUUGGACUCCUGCUCAACGUCUUCUCUCAUGGCAGCGUGCCCGCCUCGGCGGCCUUGGACUGCCUGGUGGCGGAGCAGGGCUGCAUCCAGGAGCAGUCCUGCACGGUGCUCUACCGGCUGCUGGAGUACUGCGCCGCCGAGGAGGCGGUGGCGCCGCUCGGCCCGGACGCGCGCCUGGAGUGCCUGGACGCCCAGAGCUCCCUGCAGCGCUUCCGCCCCCUGCAAGUGUGCAAGUGCCAGCGCGGCUCCCGGAGGGAGGAGCACUGCCUGAGGGUCUACUGGACCGUGAGGUUCGCAGCGUAUGAUGAGUAUGAGGUGUCUCCUUACGAGGAGCUGAAGUUGAAUUUGGUGAGGAACAUUGAGAUGUCACGCAUGGCCUCCAUCAAGGCAGCGUCAGCUCUUUCCAUUGACGGCCAAAACCAGUGUCUGAAAGCGGCCCAGGACUGCGGCCUGUAUGAGAAAUGUGGAUCCCUGCGCUCGGAAUACGUGGUGGCCUGCACCAAGCGGGCGGCCGCCUCCGACAACAGCUGCAACCGGCAGAAGUGCCACAAAGCCCUGCGGCGCUUCCUGGAGCGCGUGCCCGAGGAGUACAGCUUCGCGCUGCUCUUCUGCCCCUGCUCCGACACCCUGUGCGGCGAGCGCCGGAGGAAAACCAUCGUGCCCUCGUGUUCCUACGAGGAGACGGUGAGGGGCGAGGAGCGGGCCGGCAAGCCCAACUGCCUCAGCCUGCAGAGCUACUGCUCCAGAGACGAGCUGUGCAGGUCCCGGUUUGCUGAUUUCCAGCAGAACUGCCAGCCGUCCCCUCUGUCUGCCUCUGGCUGCAUGCGAGAGAGCAGAGCCAUGUGCCUGAAGGCCUACGCGGGACUCAUAGGAACCAUCAUGACUCCCAACUACGUGAGCAACAGCAGCACCGACGUGUCCCAGUGGUGCACGUGCGACGGCAGUGGCAACGAGUGGCAGGGCUGCCAGCGCAUCCUCCAGAUGUUCACCAGCAACAUCUGCCUGCGCACUGCCAUCAGCUCCAUGGGGAUCUCCUCACCUCCUCCUGUGGAGAGCACUCCGGCGCCAGCGUCCCGGCCCCCGCCGCGCGUCUACCAGGAGCGGGUGCACGUCAGAGUUAACACUCUCCCCGAAUUCAACAGCAUGGAGGACAGCGAGGAAGUGGACCACGAGGAGGAGGAGAGCCAGGAGUUCAACGUCAUCCCGCCGUAUUCCGAGAAGGACUCUAACGCUGAAUCUGGGGACAAAAGGAGUCAGAGGGGAACCGGCAGCCGGGCGCUCCCCGCGUUGCCUUUAAUGCUGCUGUCUGCACUCAUCCUCAACUGAGUGUUAUGGAGCCACUGAAGCCUCCGUCUCAUCCUUUUGCUCAUAUUUUACACCUGCUGCCACUGUCAAACCCAUCACAGAACUCUAAAAUGAGCCAUGGAGGAGAGUUGUGACAAGAAAGAACUGGAGACAUUUCUUCCUCUUGUUACAGUAGUUCUAGUUUUUUUUUUUUUUUUUUUAAAUGCCCAGACUUAUGAUUUCAUUCCUCUUAUCGCUGCCUCCGCGGGAGCUUAGAGAUAUCUGUAGUCCUGCAGUAUCUGUCUUUGCUUGAAAGGACGGGCACAACGUGAGCAGAAACAUGGGUGGAUGGGUGAAUUGAGAAGUGCUGUCUGGGCAAAUACUCUAUCUAGAGCCUGCUUCACACUCAAAGUGCAUCCCUUCUUUUAACAAGAAGCACAUCGCCCAGGGCCACAUCCAGCGUACGUGCUCCCGAAAAACCAUAACCAGUCAACUCCACUGCAACCGGGCCUCAGCGCGGCUUUUGAUUUCUUUUUCAUGACUCUUGUCACAUCCGUUCCUCAGCUGCCCCUUCGGCUCUUCCUCUGCAUCCUCCAUCCUGCGGAUAGAGUGGGAUAAUCCACGAGCUAAUAAGAAGGAGCACCGCACUUAAACUGUUUUCUGCCGGUAGGAAGGCGCCUUCCGAAGCAGCGAGGGGCAAAAAAAUUAUUUAGGGACACAAAUUAUUGUGCAGUCACUUAAUGUGAGCGAGCUGAUCCCCCGUCAACCUUCCGCUCGUUGGCGCCGAGUGUGAAGUGCAGUGGUCGGCGUGCUCGGCUUCUUUCGUUAACACACCACUUAGUUUUAUUCCCAUCAGGGUGAGUGACUGAGAAUUCAACCAGCGGCAAAAGUAAUGAGAUCAAAUUGCAUUGUAGGGACGACGGGCAGAGAAAAGCAGCAUAAGCGAUCGCGACGCACUUCAAAUUGCUCCGCGUGCCAGGAACGUGUGGGGAAGGGGCUCGGGGGAGGACGCGGCCAAUUUGCCGCUGUCGCAGCCGCUCACGUCCCGAUUCCCGCGGGCCGCGUCUUUAGUGCCGCGUCCCCAUCACGCGCUUUAGGUGUGGAGAUAGACACCGCGGAGCCCGUCGGCCGCUUUGAUCACUGAUCUCCUCGCCUGAAAUAUCUUUUGCUGAUGUUAAUGAUUUUUUUUUUCCUCCCGCGGCUCAUUUUCUUGUGAAAUUACACAGCUGCAGGGCCACAGGUAAAGAAGAGGGGUGGUGGAGUAAACUGCCUGAACUCCACCAGAGCUCCUUGUUAUUAGGAGCGGGUCUUGAGUGACCUCCGCAAAUUGAACAUUUCUGAAAGAUAUCACAAAAUGCAAACUGCGGCUUUGUUGUGGAUCUAAAGGGGCCCGGCCUCACUGUACAUGCUCAUCAAGGCUGCCUGGUAGAGGCUGAUUGUGCAUUUAAAUCCAAAUUGUAUCUGUGAAUAUAACUUGAGAGGUUCUGAGUGGCCCCGCUGCUACAGAGCCCUCGCUGCCGGACUUGUUUAUUGGCAAAAUACUGCACAUUUGAUGAGGAGGCUGAAGCGGCGCCUCCGUCGCGACUUCAAACAUCAGCUUGAAUUUUUGAAGUCGAACUCCGACUGGAUGGAGGUUUUAUGCUUCGCGGACCUGCAGCGACAUCAGACGAGCGAGCGUCAAUAGCUGCAUCCAGGGCGACCGGGCCUUAAUGACUGAAUGUGAGCUUCCGUGCGUUUUCACAUCUCAGCGGGUUUGUUGAUAGUUGUAAACUAUGUAAAGUAAACAUUUACAUCACACGUGGCUCGUGUUGCUUUUUUUUAAGGCUUCUUCUUCAUCCAUGAACCGAAACUGCAGCUCGGUCACUUUUUAUAUUGUCUCUUGUAAAUCCUGUUGUACAGAAAUAGGCUUCACUCGCCAAAGUUGUUUUAAAUACACAUCAUGUCAAACAUUUCUGUUCUGUGUAAUAACAUUUUGUGACUGACGAAACUGUGCUGAUUUCUUAAAAGAGGAAUAAAAAUCAUAACAGAAGAA